UAUUCAGACAGUCAGUUUCAGUCAGUCAGUUUUCUGAGACGUCAACAAACAAAAAUAUCUCAAAUAGGUCAACAAAUAUAACUAUUGCACUUAAGUUGAAAUUAUAACCAUUAUUUGCUGCUAAAAAUAUUAAUCUUUACCUGUAUCGAUAAGCAUAGUGUAAAAAAGUAUAUCAUAAUAAAAACAGAUAGUUCCUAUAAGAAAAAGAACAAUGUUAUCAUCUAUCAUAAAAGAACAUCAAACCAAACAAGCUGCUAAACGAAUUGUACAAGAGCAGAAACGGAAAGAAUGUAUUGCUGCAGCUAAUGAUUUAACUCAAGCACUUGUAGAUCAUCUGAAUGUGGGAGUUGCCCAGGCUUAUUUAAACCAGAAGAAAUUGGAUGCUGAAGCAAAAUUACUACACCAAGGAGCAAUAAAUUUUGCUAAACAAACACAACAGUGGCUUGCACUUGUAGAGAAUUUCAGUAGUGCUUUAAAAGAAAUUGGUGAUGUGGAAAACUGGGCUAGAAGUAUUGAAAAUGACAUGAAAAUAAUUACAGAUACAUUAGAAAAAGCGUAUGAAAUGACCCAAGAACAACCCAGCAGUAACAUGCAAUAAAAGUAUUUAAAAGUAA